CAGGCUCUGAACCUGAGGACACUCCAACUUCCCCCAGGCCCUGGCCAGAGCUCCAUCUUACCAGGUUUUGGGGGGAAGAUAACUUGAGGAGUCGGCUGAGAGCUUUAUCUUUGCCCCUGUGAUGGGUGGCCUGUGGUUUCCUGCCAAUAACUCCUGCUUCCGGAGGCCCAACAGGGCCCGCGCAGAGCCAGGAGGGGCAGUGGGGCUGGGCCUGGGUGGCCCCACCAGCCCCGCCCCGUCUAUCUUUGGGAAUUUAUUUGUCCAUGGGCGAGGCUGGUCUGCAGUCUAUUGCCUUCCAGGGGCCAAGAGCUGCUCUGACCGCCCAGGGAUUCUCUCUCCACCCAAGUGCCUCCAGCUGACCUCUGGCUGCUGUCCUCUGGCCCCAUCUGCACUGCCCCGCUCUUCCCAAGGGGCCAGGAAGCCCCCAGAAGCUCUGUCAUCAACGUGGGUGGUGGCACCCGGCUCACCCUCAGAGCAGCGGCCGUGCAGGGGGCUCGGUUCUGAGCCCCAGCCGGCCCACCAUGGCACGGCGGUUCCAGGAGGAGCUGGCCGCCUUCCUCUUCGAGUAUGACACCCCCCGCAUGGUGCUGGUACGCAACAAGAAGGUGGGCGUUAUCUUCCGACUGAUCCAGCUGGUGGUCCUGGUCUACGUCAUCGGGUGGGUGUUCCUCUACGAGAAGGGCUACCAGACCUCGAGCGGCCUCAUCAGCAGCGUGUCUGUGAAACUCAAGGGCCUGGCCGUGACCCAGCUCCCUGGCCUCGGCCCCCAGGUCUGGGACGUGGCUGACUAUGUCUUCCCAGCCCAGGGGGACAAUUCCUUCGUGGUCAUGACCAAUUUCAUCGUGACCCCAAAGCAGACUCAAGGCUACUGCGCAGAGCACCCAGAAGGGGGCAUAUGCAAGGAUGACAGUGGCUGUACCCCUGGGAAGGCCAAGAGGAAGGCCCAAGGCAUCCGCACGGGCAAGUGUGUGGCCUUCAACGACACCUUGAAGACAUGUGAGAUCUUUGGCUGGUGCCCGGUGGAGGUGGAUGACGACAUCCCGCGCCCUGCCCUUCUUCGAGAGGCCGAGAACUUCACUCUUUUCAUCAAGAACAGCAUCAGCUUCCCACGCUUCAAGGUCAACAGGCGCAACUUGGUGGAAGAGGUGAAUGCCGCUUACAUGAAGACCUGCCUCUAUCACAAGAGCCUGCACCCCCUGUGCCCAGUCUUCCAGCUUGGCUACGUGGUGCAAGAGUCAGGCCAGAACUUCAGCACCCUGGCUGAGAAGGGCGGAGUGGUUGGCAUCACCAUCGACUGGCACUGUGACCUGGACUGGCACGUACGACACUGCAAACCCAUCUACGAGUUCCAUGGGCUGUACGAGGAGAAAAAUCUCUCCCCAGGCUUCAACUUCAGGUUUGCCAGGCACUUUGUGGAGAACGGGACCAACUACCGUCACCUCUUCAAGGUGUUUGGGAUUCGCUUUGACAUCCUGGUGGACGGCAAGGCUGGGAAGUUUGACAUCAUCCCCACGAUGACCACCAUCGGCUCUGGAAUUGGCAUCUUCGGGGUGGCCACAGUUCUCUGUGACCUGCUGCUGCUCCACAUCCUGCCCAAGAGACACUACUACAAGCAGAAGAAGUUCAAGUACGCUGAGGACAUGGGGCCAGGGGCGGAUGAGCGUGACCUCGCAGCCACCGGCUCCACCCUGGGCCUGCAGGAGAACAUGAGGACAUCCUGAUGGUCGGCCCGGGACUCCUGACUGGAUGCAGCGUGAGGCUCCAGCCUGGGGCCCUGGUGGGUCCCAGCCAGGGCAGAGGGGCCUCCCCAGGAAGUCUCCUACCCUCUCAGCCAGGCAGAUAGCAGUUUGCCAGAAGCUCAGGGUGCAUACUAGGAGAGACCUGUGCAAAUCUGAGCUCUGGCUCCAACUCCACACCCCCCAGUGGAGCCCUACCCCAGCCUCAGCCGCUCCUGGUGUGGAAGGGCUGGGACUGGGCAGGGCCCUCCCACACACCUGUACCCUAACUUUGUGCUUCUCUUUCUGGACCCUCAUUAUCCAACCCGCUGCCUCCAUUUCUCUAGAUCUGGGCUCUCCAAUGUGGCAGUCAGUAACCAUAGGUGACUAAAUUAAACUAAAAUAAAAUCAAAUGAAACCCAAAAUUCAGUUCCUCAGUUGAACUAGCCACAUUUCAACUGCUCAGUAGACACACGUGGCUAGUGGCUGCCAUACUGGACAGCUCGGGGCAUUUUCACCAUCGAAGAAAGUUCUAUUAGACAGCCCUGCUUGAGCCCUGUUUCUUCCUGGCCUUGGGGUUCCCUGGGGAAUCACUGACAAUGCAAGCUCCUGGGCCCACCGCAGACCUCCUGAACCAAAGGCUCCAGGGCUGGCCAUAUGAUCCGCGUGGAUGGCAAACUCCCUAGGCCAUUCUGGGACUGAAGUUUAAGAAGUGCUGUCCUGGAACUUUCUGACUCUAAGCUCCUGAGCGGGAGUCAGACUCAGCCCUGAGCCUGCACUGCCUGGCGGGCGCAGACACUGAACAGGGUCUCAAACACCUUCAGCGUGUGUGUUGUGUGCUCACGUGCCACACGGUGUCUCCUGCACACAACCCAGUGUACACACCACCCACGUGCACACAGCAUCCUUCCACACUGUAUGUGAACAGCUUGGGCCCUGCCAACACAACCAUCUACACACACCUACACCCCCAAGCACACAUACAUGGUCUGUGCCAUGUCACCUCCAUAGGGAAAGGCUUCUCUCCAAGCGUGCCAGGCCAGGACAGCCCUCCUAGCCAUGAAUCCUUACUCAGCUACCUCGGGUUGGGGUGGGAGCCCCAGCCAAAUCCUGGGCUCCCUGCCUGUGGCUCGGCCCCAGCUCCCAAGACCUGCCUGGCUAUGUCUGAACAGAAGGUCUGGGAGAAGCGAGGGGCGGAGCACAAUAAAGGAAAUGAGGACAAAC